AUGGAUUUGAUGACGCAAAUUCUGAAUAACAUCUAUCUAUCUAUCUAUCUAUCUAUCUAUCUAUCUAUCUAUCUGUCCGAGUCUUUCCUAUCUGUCUAUCCUAAUCUAUCUAUCUAUCUAUCUAUCUAUCUAUCUAUCUAUCUAUCUAUCUAUCUAUCUGUAUGUUCGCGUCUAUCUUUACCACUCUCUCUAUAUGUAUCUAUCUGUAUAACUAUCUAUACCUCAUUCUUUAUACAUAUGUAUCUAUCUGUAUAUUUUUUCAUAUCUAUCUAUCUAUCUAUCUAUCUAUCUAUCUAUCUAUCUAUCUAUCUAUCUAUCUAUCUUUUAUAUCUAUCUAUACCUCAUUUUAUCUCUCUCUCUCUCUCUCUCUCUCUCUCUCUCUCUCUCUCUAUCUAUCUAUCUAUCUAUUUGAACUUUCUACUAAUCACACAUUAUUGUUUCCCUCAAUUCCUUUUCUGUCCUUCUCUCAUUUUCAUAUCUCAUAAUGCUCCCUCUCAUUCUCUCUCUAUCAUUUCUCUUCUAAUUCUAUAUUCACUGACGUUCUUUCUUUCUUUCUUUCUUUCUUUCUUUCUUGCUUGCUUCUUUUUCCAGAUUAUUUUUCUUUCUUAUUUCAUUCUCCAUCUUUCUUUCUUUCUUUCUUUCUUUCUUUCUUUCUUUCUUUCUUUCUUUCUUUCUUGCUUCUUUUUCCAGAUUAUUUUUCUUUCUUUCUUGAUUAUUUUCCCAGAUUUUUUCUUUCUUCUUUCCUUCUCCAUCUUUCUUUCUUUCUUUCUUUCUUUCUUUCUUUCUUUCUUUUCUUUCUUUCUUUCUUUCUUGCUUCUUUUUCCAGAUUAUUUUUCUUUCUUUCUUGAUUAUUUUCCCAGAUUUUUUCUUUCUUCUUUCCUUCUCCAUCUUUCUUUCUUUCUUUCUUUCUUUCUUUCUUUCUUUCUUUCUUACUGCCUCCCAUUCAGUCAUUUCAAAGGCUUCCCGUAUUUUCUUUCUUUCUUUCUUUCUUUCUUUCUUUCUUUCUUUAGCACAACCCUGUAA